AUGGAUCCAGAAGCAGCAGAAACACCGGCUCCUUAUGCUUCCGAGUUUAAUGCAGGCGACAUUGCCUGGAUUCUUACCUGUACAGCCCUUGUCUGGCUCAUGAUUCCUGGCAUUGGAUACUUUUAUUCAGGAAUGGCACGCUCAAAGAACGCCCUUUCACUUAUAAUGUGCUGUGUACUAUCACUAGUCGUAGUAACCUGUCAGUGGUUUAUUUGGGGAUUCAGUUUGACUUUCAGUAAAGGCGCAAGUGUCUUUAUCGGCAACCUCGACAACGCCUUUUUGCGCAACGUUCUCGGCGACCCAUCAAUCGGCAGCAGCAGCGUCCCCGACCUCGUCUUCUGCAUCUACCAGUGCAUGUUCGCCGCCCUCACACCCGCCUUGGCCAUCGGGUCAGCUGCCGAACGCGGCCGCCUCUUGCCGAUGAUCAUCUUUAUCUUUAUCUGGUCCACCAUUGUCUACGAUCCCAUUGCCUGCUGGACCUGGAACCCCAAUGGCUGGAGUGCCAAGCUCGGUGCACUUGAUUUCGCAGGUGGAACCCCUGUCCAUAUCUCGAGUGGAUUUGCCAGUCUUGCCUACGCCCUUGUUCUCGGACGCCGCCAGGGUCAAGGAGGAACCAACCAGGUUAAUGAGUUCAAGCCCCACAACAUGUCCAAUGUCAUCCUUGGCACAACUUUCCUCUGGUUCGGCUGGUUUGGCUUCAACGGUGGAUCUGGUCUGGCAGGAAACUUGCGUGCCUGCAUGGCAUUUGUUGUAACCAACCUUGCUGCUGCUGUGGGUGCGAUCACCUGGAUGUGCAUCGAUUACCGUGUCGAGCGUAAAUUCUCUGCCCUUGGCUUCUGCUCUGGUGCGAUUGCUGGCCUGGUUGCCAUCACUCCUGCGGCUGGUUUCGUUGGACCCGGACCUGCGGUGGCGAUUGGUUUCAUUGGUGCGGUUGCCUGCAACAUGGCCGUCUACCUCAAGCACUGGCUCAAGUAUGACGAUGCUCUGGAUGUGUUUGCCCUGCACGGUGUUGGUGGCUAUGUCGGAAGUAUCCUGACCGGUAUCUUUGCCGAGUCUUACAUUGCCGGUCUUGACGGUGCUACUGAGAUUGCAGGCGGCUGGAUGAACCACCACUGGGUCCAGAUUGGCUACCAGUUUGCUGACGCCACUGCUGGUGCUGCCUGGUCAUUCUGCAUCACUUACCUGAUUCUCUUUAUCAUGGACCACAUUCCCGGUCUUUCGCUCCGUGUUGAUCCCGAGACUGAGAUCCUUGGCCUGGAUGCCGCAGAGAUCGGUGAGGUUGCUUAUUAUCACGUCGACAAGAUUGUAACCGUAGAUCCUAUGACUGGUGCGCAACAGAUAGUGAAGGAGGAGCAAAUACAUCAACAAAAGAAGUAG